AUGAGACUUGCACAAGUCACGGCCUCCGCGGCGCUUUUCGCCGGCUUCGCCUUGGCCCGACAGGACGCAUGCUCGAUCGAACUUCUCAACGUCAACCAAGCCGUCGUCGACACCAAGUGCAUUCCCUUCGACACUACCAUCGCAAUGAAGGACCCAACAGGACCUGGCGGUGGUCAGCUCUACAAGGUCCACGUCAACAAUCUUUGCGGAAUCGGGCUGGAUGAUGGCCAAGAGCUGUCGAACGGAGCUUCAUUGAGAAAGGUCGGCCCAUGCUCUCCUGAUUCAGCCUUGCAAGCUUCAUCCGCCUCGCCGACGAUUUUUCCAACUCCAAACCUCGCCUUGAUGGCAUCCAAGGGCCAGCCAGGCGGCGCCAAGCCCGUCUACGGCAGAACGUUGGCGGGCAAGAUCCUAUGGCUGCCCAAGAAGGAGGAGAUUAGCCCUUCACUUGACACCGAUCUGUCACCCGGGGUCUAUAAUCACCCUGUGUUGAUCAUGUCCCAUGCACCUCGCGACGAUGGCACUGUGAGAGCUCUAACGAUGACAUCGGCCAACGGCAGAAACAUCACGGAGGACAUGGCCUUCCACUGGAAGUUCCGUGAGAAGUAUCUACCCGUCGCCCCGACGCCUCCCCACACAGACUCGGGACUACAGCUCCAUUUGGCGGGAGCUAGCUCAAGCAACAAGGCCUACAGACCGGCAUACGCGAUGACACAAGGAGGGCCUUACACAAUCCACCGCGACGUGCUAAGAGCGCAUCAAGGCACCAGUCUUAGUUCGAAGUCGUUCGGUAUCCUCGUCACAGAGAUGGGCUACACCGAGGAAGAAGAUUACUUGAGGGAGCAGCGGGUUAUUGAGAGAAAGAAGCGGAAGAUCGAGAAGGAUGCGGAGAAGGAGAAGCGCAGGGCCUUAUGGGACCAGGGACAGGCAGAGAGUAAGCAGAAAGCCGAGUGGAAGAGGCAACGACAGGCAGAGUAUAAGCAGAAAGUCGAGGAGAAGAGGCAGCAACGACAGGUGGCCAAGAAGGAGAAGGCCGACGAGCGGAUGGCCAUCAAGAUUCAAAGGAUGGCAGUCAAGGAGAGGGAUAUGGCUAAGGUGAACACCAAGCUGGACAAGGGCUUCUUCUGUCUGAUGACCGGCAUUUUCGUGGCUAUUCUUUGCUUGGAGGCCCUGUUUUGGUAUGGCUUUUGGUUGGCUUUCGGGUUUUGGUAG